UUAUUUGUUAUUUAUAUCUAUAUAUUUAUUUUAUUAUAUAUUUAAAUAAAAAAAUUAAAAAAAAAAAUUCAAAUAACAUUUUUUUGUAAAAAAAAAAAUUUAGUUAAGUAUUAAAAAUGCCUCUCCAAUUUUUGGCAAUAAUUUCAUCUGUAAGAGAAAAUAGAUUGGCUGAUAAUAUGGUUGCUCUUUUAAAGAAGCAAUUUGAAAAGGAGAUGGCACCCAGUGGUCAUGUUCUUAAAUUUUUAGAUCCCGAAGAUUAUGAUUUGCCUCUUCUUAAAAAGCCAUUGCAUUUUUAUGGUCCUGAUGAAAAAUCUCAAAUUCCUGACAAGUUACUAAGUUUGAAUGAGCUUGUGAAAGCAGCUGAUGUUUAUAUCGUCCUUGUUCCUGAAUAUAAUAGAUGUGCUCCUCCUGCUUUGUACAACACCUUGGAUCAUUUACCGCCAUCAAGUUUUGCAUACAAGUCAAGUGGAAUCUUUGGAUAUUCUAUGGGACCUGCUGGUGGCGCGUUUGCUACAUCAUCUGUGCGACCUUUGUUAACUGAAUUGGGUUGCUUACCUGUCAGUCAUAGUGUUCAAAUACCUAUAGCUCAUACCGUUGUCAAUGCUGAUGGAAGUACUGAAAACUCUCACGUAUUAAGUAGUGUUAAAACGUUGUUACAACAAACAGAAUGGUGGGGAGAACUUGCAAAGGCAGGAAGAGCAAAAGGAGUUCCUGCUUAACAUUUUUAAAAUUAAACAUUUUUUUCUACUUUUCUGAAAAUGUAUUCAGUGUAAUGGUGCAUUUGAUUUAUUUUAUUUAAGUUUAGAAUUAGAUUACAUUUCUAUUAGCUUGUUA